AUUUCUCUGUCUUUAAAAAUCUUUUCCUUCGUCGCAAAGUUUCCCAUAAAAAUCUCAGAGAGAAUCUUUGGUCUUCUAUCGAACCAUGGGCGGAGGAAGAGUCAUGGCGACGGCGGCGAAGGUGGCUGGAAUCGGAGUCGCCAAAGGUGGAUUCAGGGGAGGAUUCGGAGUCCCCGCGGCGGCGAAUGAUCAGUUUAUCGUGAGAAACACCUCCGCGACUAAGCCGGUUUCGGCUUCGAUCUCAUCGGCGGUUCAUCCUUCCGUGGAAGAAGACGCGGUGGUCAUGCGUAAACCGGUCUGGGAAGACGAGUGGGAAUUCGCGGAAGUGGAGACGAAGACGAUCCCUAGGGUUGUUUUCGACAAGCCUCCGUCUCUUCAGGAGGCUAAAGAAGCCACCGAUGAUCUCAAAGAUGCCCUCAACAUGGCGUAUAUGGAAGGGUCAAAUGAAGUUGGUUCUGUUUCAAGAAUGUUUUCAAGUUUUCAACCUUCUGAGAACAGAGCUGUUGAAUCAGCUGUUCCACAGGUUGCUCUUAAGGCUUUUGCUUUUCUCAGUGAAAACACCGCCGCGCAGUCUGUUGUUACUUCCAUUGCGUCUGACCCAAAGGUGUGGGAUGCUGUCAUGGAAAACAAGGAUCUCAUGAAAUUUCUUGAGACCAACACUGCUUCAACUAAGGAUGAAGCUGACAAUGACGACAAAUCUGAACUUUCUAGCGAGACUGAAAGUGAAGAAGACAGUGAAGCGAAGCCAAUCCAGCUCAUGGAGAUUCUGCGAGACAUGAAGCUGAAAGCUGUUCAAAUGAUGGAAAAUGUGUCUUCCUACUUUGGGGGUUUGUUCAGGACAGAGACUUUUACAGAGGGUGGACAGGAGAGGAAGAGGAUGUUGCUCAACGACCCUACUACUCUCUUUGGAUUAGCUGUUUGCGUUAUUUUCAUGGUAGUUCUGAAACGUGCUUAACAAGUUCCAGUUUCCUUUUUAAACUUGCCGAUAUGUAGCUUAUAACUACUGUGUUCUCUUUCUGCUACUUCAUUAUCGUCUUAAGAGUUUUUUUUCUUUUUCUAAAACUGUUUUUCUUAUGUUUGGAGUGGUUUGGAACUUGCCUUUGAUAUUUUCAUAAAUAAAAGUAUGCUUUGGUUGAAUUA